GACUGAAGAAGAGUUCUGUCUGUUUAAUGUUUGUUUGUUCAAUUCAAUCUCGCUGUUUGGAUGUGAUGUGAGAAAUUAUUAAUUCGUGUAAUUUUUGUCUACAAGCUGUCAGACUCAGACGAAGUAUAAACAUUUUAUUACUGUCAAUAUCGUUUACUUUUUAUGAUUAUACACGUUAUCUUGUGAAGGGCAAGCAGUCUUGUUUUAAUCGAAAAUCGUAUUUUACAGUAAUGUUAUUUUUCAGUUUUUUUAAAGAUGUGAAUUGAAAUUCUAGGAAAAUGUUGAAUUUACAUUUGGUUUUCCUCCUUAGCAUUGUGUCAUCAGGGUAUGCCUGGCGGGUUAGCUUGACCAGCAAUGCUCCAGUGGUCAUCGGAGGAACUGUGCAAUUCCGAGCAGAAAUUACCGAAGACAACGGACAUCAUGCAAGUGGCGAAUAUCAGUUCCGCUUUCGAGACAAUGCCAUUCCCCAACACUCAAAAACAAUUGACGGACAGUUCACCUCGGCGUCUUGGGAGGUAACAUACAACAAAGACGACUACAGCCCAGGCACUUAUGAGGUUCAAGUGGAAAUAUAUCGAUGGACGUUUUUCUUAUGGAAUAUUGGUAGUAAGAGGAUCUAUUUUGAUCUCACGGCACUUCUCAACGGCGGAAUGAACAUGACGCAGAACAAUAAAACAGUGACGGAAGACUUUGUCAGUUCUGCCACAGAAGUAACUCAUACAAUCUACUUCUCCGAGCCUGAUAAAUCGUUUCUGGAUAAGAAAGCUACGUCGGUGGUCGCUUAUUGGUUCGUCAGCUGUAUCUACUACGGCGCAACGUCAGACCUUUCGUUCAAGUAUAACUACACAAACGAUGCUGAUCAAACUAUGCAUGUGGAAGCGUUGGUCGUGGCGUCUUUUGAACCCCUCCCUCCUCCUACCACACCUGCUCCAACGACUACGAUAGCACCGACGGACAAACCUACGUCCACUCCCCCCACCACUACAACCGCAGCUGCGACUACGACAGUCAAACCCUCCAAUAACAUAACAGCUUUGGUGCAGCCUAACUUGAAGCUUGGAACGAACGUUUCUGAGAUUCCAAUUCUCCCUUAUGUUUGUCUCAAUACUUCAAUUAUAGCUCCGGAUCCGAAGAAGACGUAUGGAUACUUUUCUACCAAGGUGGAUGUUAAAGCGCCUGUGUCGAGUGUUAGUUGGGUAGGCAACAACUGGCUCCAACACGGAGACAUUCUGAACUUGUCAGUGUCGUGUAACGGCUCGGCUCCAUUCCUGUACUGCUUCCAAGUGAUGGUGGGAGAGUACAACGUCACAGGCAAUGAGACGUGCAACCAUGAGACACUUAUAACAGAUUGCCAGUUGAUGCUGCCGCGGUACAUCCACUACCCUGGUACUUACACAGUGUUGAUCAUCAUCAGCAACUCCGUGUCCCACAAAGUCACUCCGGUGGGAGUAAAUAUAUACGAGGUGAAAAAGCACCCCCAGUUGUCAGUGAUCGUGGUUCCCGUGGUGUGUUCAGGGAUAGCUGUCAUCUUGAUAAUCUUCGGAGCUGCCUACUACAUGCAAAGCCGGCAUAGAUAUACGAUAGAAGUUGCUGACUUUGACUUCGCCCAGGCUAACGACUUGGAGUACAUGACGUUUGGACAACGUCUGAAAGCAGCGCUGAACAACUACCUCAACCGACCUGACCACAAUUGUGAGAUAGACGCUUUGUCAAAAAUCGAAAACACUUCCAAACUGAGCGGAGAUAAAGUCUUAGGUCUGGACAAAGACACUCAAACCCCGACGAGGAGGGAUUCUAAGCCUGACGACGGAUAUGAUAAAGGAAAUCAAAGUUGUAGUGGUGAAUCUCAAAAAGAGAUUCUUGACGUAAAAUCUUUGGCUGGUGGUGUAUUAUCAGAGCAAAGUGAAAAAUCAGAUUUUCCCACUGACCCUAAUUCUGAUGAUUCAGAUUCAAAUAUUUCAUCCAAUACGACUUCGACGGUUACGUUAGAAUCGACCAGCACUCUGAAUGAUGGGAAUAAUUAUUGCCGAAUAGAAAAUUCCCAAGGAAGAUACUGACCAUUUACGGCCACCGGCAUUUAGUGUUUGCAUUGUAAAGCUCAGAUAUGUAGCCGAAUUUUUGGUGAAAUAAUAACAUUUUUAAUGGUACAGUAAAUAUAAAAAAAUUUAGUUUUUAAAGCUUUAUGUAUAAAUCCCUGAACAAAAUUUCUUAUUGGAUUUUAUUUCUGGCUCUGAGUGGAAUUCGGUGCUAGAACUUCAAAAGCAUUAUUGAUGUAUAUUACUUUCCUACAAUAAAUACAAUUUGAAUUUGUUAAUGAGGCAACACUAUGGAACAUAUCUUUUAUACUUAAGUGAAGUGAUGGCUUAAAAGUUGUAAAUAUUUGUUAACUAUUGUUAGUGUUAUAUCAUAUUUUGAAUUGAUCAUUUUAACUACUGUGUGGUUUAAUUUAUUGCAUGUUUUUAUGUUGUCGUCUGGAAAUUACACACAUAUAAUUUUAAAUUAAACUGUCCAGAAAAUGUUUUAGCUUGUGCUAAAGUUUAUGUUUAAAAUAUUCUACAUUAUUUUAAAACAAAUCAACAUUACUACAACAUUAGUUUG